AACAAGGCACUGGGGCCCAAGGCAGAAUUCCAACAAGGAGGGUUUUAAUCAUUGCAUUAAAUGGGACUGGGGUGGGAACCAAGCACCAAAGAAGACGGCACGCCAGUGUCCACUGAUGACUGUCUCCCUCUUCUCUGUAGCCCUCCUCAAACCCUAAGCAGCCCAGCUCCAGCAGAGGAGGCCUGGGCACAGGAAUGGAUUGCUGCUAGAAACCUGGCUUCAGCUGGAGGAAGUCAGAAGGCUGGGCUGAUGGCCGCGCAGACUGAGCUGUGUUUAUCCAGGAAAAGAGGUAGGACGUAGGCAGCAGAGGCCCCUGCCAGCACCUCCCAGGAGGACUGCGCUGGGGGAGCAAGCUGGAGAGGAAGCUGCUCCCCUCUGGCUCUUAACGUGUCAGGGCCUGAGGCCAGAACCCAGAGGCGACCCACAGGUAAGGCCUGCACUCCGGGCGCGCGACCGAGAGGGUCGCGGGCUCGGAUCCCAGGGCAGAGGGUCGGAACACGGUGCUCUUGGUGGCCCCGCCCAGGGGUGAGUGGCCGAGCCUUCCGGAGACCGCUCUGGGGUUGGCGGAGAAUCAAUGCUGCCUUUGUGCUCACUGAUUUUCUAAGGAGAAAAGGAGUGGAGAGUGGGAGGGGCGACCCAACGGCCCGGCCCCGCCCCGCAGACACGGGAUGCGGUAGGGCUGGGAAGCGCGGGAGCUGGAGGGUCGGGGUUACGAGGGGUGGGAUUCUGUGCCCCCGGGAGGUGCCUCUCCUUGAACCAGCCCUGGGUGCCCUGAGGUAAGCAGCCAGGUGUGUCUCCUGGCUGCCAGGAGCAGAAGUGAGUCCUCUUCUGGCUUCGAGCGACUCGAGGAGGGGAGAGAGGAGCGAGAGAAGGCAGGGGUCUGCGCCUCCAGUGGAUCCGGAGACAGGGGCGCGCGGGCCGGCCGUCCGGUGUACGCCAGCAUCACCCACCUGUGACUCCUCUUCGCUCCUCGCUUAGCCCCGCUCCGCCCAGCACUCCCAUUUGAGACGGAAUUGGGAUCCUCUCGGCCCUCCGGAAUUCGGAAUUCCAUUACCCAGCCCACCGCAUGUGGCUUUUGGAAAAAGCUGGCUAUAAGGUGGGGGCCACGGAACCUGGGACCCGUUGGGCGCCCCCGGGCCUGUUCUCCAAGCGUCGCGCCCCGGGCCCGCCCAGCAGCGCCUGCCCCAACGUGCUCACCCCGGAUCGCAUCCCGCAGUUCUUCAUCCCUCCUCGGCUCCGGGAUCCCGGCGGCGCAGAACCCGCGGCGCGGCGGGACGUGGCCGGGCGCUGCCUCCCCGUGGCCUGCUCGCUGCCUCACCUGGCUGGCCGCGAAGGCUGGGCCUUCCUGCCCGAGAGCCCGCACACGCGCCGGCGCGAGUCCCUGUUCCACGCGCCGCUGCCCGCCCUGGCCGAGGGGCUCCCCGCGCCCCAGCCCCGGCUGCACGUCUCCGCCCCGGACCUGCGCCUCUGCUGGGCCCCCGACAGCGACACGGCCUCGUCGCCGGACUCGUCGCCCUUCGGCUCCCCGCGGCCCGGCCUGGGCCGGCGCCGGGUGCCCAGGCCGCACUCGCUGUCCCCAGAACCCGCGAGCUCGGCGGACACCAGCCCGCACCCGCCGCGCCGCGCUGGGCCGCCCACGCCGCCGCUCUUCCACCUGGACUUCCUGUGCUGCCAGCUGCGGCCCACGCGCGAGAGCGUGCUGCGCCUGGGGCCCCGCGGCGGGCAGUUGCGGCUGUCCACCGAGUACCAGGCCGGGCCCGGGCGGCUGCGGCUGCGCCUGGUGAGCGCCGAGGACCUGCCCCGGCCGCGCUCCCGCCCUGGGAGCGGCGGCGGCGGCUGCUGCGUGGUGCUGAGGCUGCGGCCCCGCGUCCGACCGCAGGCGCAGCAGAGCCGCGUGGUCAAGUGCAGCGCCAACCCUAUCUUCAACGAGGAUUUCUUUUUCGACGGGCUCGGCCUGCCGGACCUGGCCGCCCGCAGUCUGAGGGCCAAGGUGCUCGACAGGGGCGCGGGACUUCGCAGGGAUGUGCUGCUGGGGGAAUGCGAGACGCCCCUCAUUGCGCUGCUGCCCCCGCUAGGUGGGGGACUAGGUCCCGGGUCCUCCGUGGCGCCCACCCAUUUCAGUCUGUAGACUGAGCCCCUGACUUCCUCAGCACGUCUCCACUGAGUCUGCCGUCCACAUUCUUUCCGCCCUGCCCGGCUUGUAUUUAUUUUUGCUAAUAAAGUGUCCGCUGUCCCUAGCCAGAUCUUUCCCCUUGCUGGCACCUUACACGCUCGGGUGUAGAGCCUACCCUUCUUCCCUCUAUCCCGGCCAUACACGGGGGGGAAGAUGCUCAUUCGGACAGUCUGAGUAGAGCAGACCCUAAGCAGUGGUUCUCAAGCUUGAAGGAGCC